GAGAGAGAGAGAGAGCUGCGAUGUCAGCAUAUAGACCCCAGGGAGAGAGACACUGAAAAUAGAGAGAGAUGCGUGGCAGCGUUGAGAGGAGCAAAGACUCUACUUAGGAAUAAAGAUAGCCAGCUACAGCCAGUGCUGCACUGUUGUUCCAGUAUGGAGGGGGGACACACUGGAUCUCUGAGCAGCAGCGUGGGAUUGUUUCCAAUUCUAAUAUCUGGUCCGACUACAACCUGCCGUCUCAGCUCAACUGGUCCGGGGACAGAAUUCAACUGGUCUGGGAUGGAUUUGUUUCCGCAAUCGAGAGACAAGCUCAAACUUUAAACUAAUAUCGCAUGGCAGCAUCAACGGCGACUUCAGAGAAAUUUGUGUCUAUUCUGACAUGGGAGCAAUUCUGUGUCGAAAGCUAUGAAGAAAACUAGUUGAAAUUAAAGACAGUUGACAGUUAAUGCUUCAACUGUAGUUUCCAUGGGACCAAUGCUCUUUCUAAAGCCUUUUUCCACAUUCAAAAUUCAAGGAUGACAUCAAAGCUGAAGAACUCAUCUAGAUCUGUGACCGGGACUAAAUGAAAGGUGAGAAAAGACAAGAAGAAGAUUUGUGGAAAAUCUGUUUUGAUCACAAACAAAUUUUCUUAAAUUUCAAAGAAAAGGACUAAGUCAAACCAAGAUUUGUAAAAAAAAAAAAAGAAAAAAAAAGAGGACUAGCUUGCAACAAUGUGGUAGAACACUGGACAAACAAAUGACUGUUGAAGUCCAAUCCAGUCAGAAAUUGGAUGGUUUUCUUGGCUUUAGAUGGAAUCAUCAUUGCUUGGCCGACUGUCUUUGAGACUAGGAAACGCGAUCCCUUGGUUUGCCCAGAGGAAGAAGUAAAGCAACGAUAAAGCUCUUGCUAAAUCCAACUCAAGGAUUACAAAUUCACUGAAGACUUGAUGUCCUACAUAAACAUUGCUGAUUAUGACACUGUGUCGAAGUGCUUUCCAUUGACCUGCCCUCCAUUGACUUACCCCACUGGCUAUAUGAUGCCUCAAGCAGGCACUGUGCAAAGGUGACCGGAUAUCUCAGUGUUGGCAUCUGAAGCCUUGUGACCCCUGGUGUGUGCUGGUGCGAGUUCCUUGCACGAACGGUAUAUAUGAAUAUGAAUGUGGAAGGGCUAUGCUGAGGUUGUCGGGCGUCGCACCAGCUCCAUCAGGCCACGAGUGGCGAUUUCAAUGUUCUGUCGGAGUGGACUGUAGUGACGUUGAACCUCGCUGUAUCUGGUUGGCAGUGCUAAGGGGUGUUUCCCCUCAAGCCUCACCAAGGCGGAUACCCAUCGCAUUGCCAAGAAGACGGGGCUUCCGGAGGGCCAUACAGCGCCAUCGAUUGUCCUGGGCUAAAGGGCGGAGAGAUGGUAUGGUGUCUUCCAAUGAGAACAGGCGCCGGCCGCUGUCAUCGGGUGAGGUGGAGGGCGUGUCGUGGCAGGGCCCACGGACCAUUUUCCUGCAGAAGAACUCACAGGGAUUCGGCUUCACUCUGCGCCACUUCAUCGUCUACCCACCAGAGUCGUCCCUCCACAGCCUCAAGGAUGAAGAGAAUGGAAAUGCCUCUGGAUCAGCAGGCCGCCGGUGGUCUCGUUUGGAGCCAAUGGACACCAUCUUUGUGAAGAGUGUCAAAGAAAAUGGCCCUGCCCAACAAGCUGGACUGUGUACAGGGGACAGGCUGGUGAAGGUAAAUGGGGAAAGCAUUCUUGGGAAAACCUACUCUCAGGUGAUCGCACUCAUCCAGAACAGUGAAAACAUUCUGGAGCUCUGUAUUAUGCCAAAAGAUGAGGAUGUGUUGCAGUUGGUAAGUGCGUACUCCCAGGAUGCCUACCUGAGAGGCAAUGAGCCGUAUUCAGGUGAAGCCCAGAACCUCCCUGAACCACCGCCUCCCUCUUACCCAUCCACUAAACCCGGCUCCACGGUCCCCGAGUCCAGCCACACUCUCCUGGACAACUGGCAGUGCCGAUCUGGCCCUACCACCUCGCCACUGGAUAACCAACCCCAGGCUGCCUCUACGCCCACCUCCGGCUGGCCCGGGGGGCCUGAGGAUUCAAGUGGCCACUUUGCCCCGUCGGGGCGGCACCGUGGCUGCUCUUCAACCAUCAGUGCGCUGGACUUUCACUUUGCUAACCACAAUGCUGCCAUUGCCUCCGCAACACUGCCUACGCCAAGGAAGAGCAGCCUACCAGCCCGUGCCCGCACUGACGCCCUCUGCCACCAGGCUCUGUCUGAGUGGUACUACAGCCAGGCCGAGGCCGCAGAGCGCAUGUCCCCCCGCCACCGCAGUAUUUCUCAGGAUCGUUUAGUGGAGCUGGGGCUGGGGUUGGCACUUGGCCCUGGACCUUCCUCUGUCCCCAAAAUAUCUGCAGAGCAACGCAGAAGAGAAACCCUCCUGCAACACCACCAGGCAGCUGCUGCUUCCCAUGAUUCCUUUUGGCUAGGUAGCUGGGGGGAUGUAUCAGGACCAGGAAGCAGGUCGUGCUCAGAGGGCCUUUUGGCAGCCUACGCUGAAUACGAGCAUAACUAUGGGCGUUCUGUUGAAACGCUGGCACAAGCCACUGCACUGGUCUUACCACACAAUGAACACACUUCACAAAGCCCCCAGAUGACAAAACUCAGCGAGCAGAUAGACCUUCAAAAUUCAGAAGGGCAUCAGCAUCAAACUACAGUGGCAGCCCCCACUACAACCCCCUCAGCAGUGCCUCCUAGUGGUAGGCAGUCAGGUCAGCAGGUAGCCGAACCCCAAACAAGGCGAGUAAAAGAGGAAGAGCCUGUGGGCUACAGAAGUUACAGUCCUUCUUUCUCCCACAAAACUGGCCAUCCCCUCCAGCAGGCCCACUCCGUUAAAGAGCCCAGCUACAGUGGCCCCCACCUCAACUUGAGCCCCAGCAGCAGGAGCAUCCCUGCAGACAGCAAGGGGCAGAUGGUACCCAGGCCCAAGUCCACACCUGCCCUGUCUGCAUCAGAGGAGGAGAGAGCCAGGCUUGGGGUGGACAGGGAGGUCAUCUCUCCCAUCUCCCUGAAUCAAGAGGUGGUCCUUCGGCAGAAGAAGCCUCCUUUAGGCCGGCGGACCCCUGUUCCGCCUCUUCGACAUCCCCACUACACAACACGUGUGGAGUCACCAGAGCCCCCUGGAUCAACACCUUCACCAGGGACCCCCUCUCCUGAGUCCGGGGGACCUGCCCCUAGCCGUAGGACCAAUGGAAGCCUGGCACGGCACGCAUAUGACUCUCUGUCCUCAAUUCCCUUCAUAGAUGAACCCACCAGUCCUAGUACUGACCUACGGGCCUGCUAUGUACCAGCCUGCUCUGUGGUGUCCGGUUCCAAGGCCUCCACUGUGGCCAUCCUCACUUCCACCUCUGUCUCCCCCACCCUGUCCUCCAUCUCCUCCUUUGUCCGACCUCAUUGUCAGGACUGCAGCAGCAUUAAAGGUCGCCGCUCCUCUUACCUACUGGCCAUCACCACCGAGCGAUCCAAGUCCUGUGACGAGGGGCUCAACACCUUCAGGGAAGAAGGUCGAGUCUUCUCCAAACUACCAAAAAGGGUCAAGAGCUUUUUCACUGAUGGGUCUCUGGAGAGCCUGCGAGCUCAGGAGGAGGCCCGGUCCAAACGCCACUCCACCUCUGAACUGGGAACCAUCACUUUCAGUGACGUGCGCAAGGAGGGCUGGCUACACUACAAACAGAUCCUCACGGAGAAGGGCAAGAAAGUUGGCGGCGGCAUGCGGCCAUGGAAACGCGUCUUCUCCGUGCUCCGUUCCAAUUUGCUCUUCCUCUACAAGGACAAGCGAGAGGCGGUCCUUCACGGGGCGGGGGCGGGGCCCAACCAGGACGAGCACCCCCCGGUCAGCAUCCGCGGCUGCCUGAUCGACAUCGCCUACAGCGAAACCAAGCGUAAACACACCCUGCGGCUCACCACGCAGGACUUCUGCGAGUACCUGCUGCAGGCCGAGGACAGGGACGACAUGCUGGCCUGGAUCCGGGUGAUCAGGGAGAACAGCAAGACCGACAACGAGGAGAUCGGGUUCUCAAGACAAGCUCUCAUCAACAAGAAGCUGAAUGAUUACAGAAAACACAGUCUGACAGGUAACAAGCCAGAUUCCUCUCCCAGAGUCCACCGUAUGAUGCCUCCCUUCCUCCUGGCUAAGACUGACAACACCUUAGUGAACCGCACCUCCAGAGCAGAUGACUGCAAGGCAUUGUGGGGCAUCAACAUCAUGAAGAAAGCUAAGAAGACAAGCAGUCCAAAGGCUUUCGGUGUGCGACUGGAGGACUGUCAGCCCGCCGUCAACCAUAAAUUUGUCCCCCUGACAGUGGAGAUGUGCUGUGGCAUGGUGGAGGCGACGGGUCUGGAGUACACCGGCAUCUACCGGGUGCCCGGGAACAACGCCAUGGUGUCCAACCUGCAGGAGCAUCUCAACAAGGGCAUGGACAUCAACACGGCUGAGGAGAGAUGGCAGGACCUGAAUGUGAUCAGCAGCCUGCUUAAGUCAUUCUUCAGAAAACUGCCCGAGCCUGUGUUUACUGACGACAAAUACAUUGAUUUCAUUGAUGCCAACCGAAUAGAAAACACAGAGGACCGGCUGAAGACCAUGAAAAAACUGAUCCAUGACCUCCCUGAUCACUAUCACCACACUCUCAAGUUCCUGGUGGGUCACCUUAAGAAGGUGGCAGAUAACUCUGACAAGAAUAAGAUGGAGCCAAGAAACUUAGCUCUGGUGUUUGGUCCCACUCUGGUGAGGACGUCAGAGGACAACAUGACCGACAUGGUCACUCACAUGCCCGAUCGCUACAAAAUAGUGGAGACACUAAUCCUGCACUGUGACUGGUUCUUCACUGACGGAGAGUUUGAUAAGGAAGAGAAGGCCCCAGAGGAUAAGCGGGACAUGCAGCCUGUGCCCAACAUUGACCAUCUGCUGUCCAACAUCGGCAGGCCGGGCAUGCCAGGAGAGGCAUCUGAUUCCACUACCAGUGAUUCACUUAAGUCCAAGUAUUCUUCAAACCCAAAGAAAGAUCGGAACGCCAGGGACUUAAUGCCCAAGUCCAUCAUCACUGCAGUUGCCCGAAAACGUAAAAAAUGCCUCAGUACCUACUUGCCCGGCAGCAGCGCCGAUGAGGACUCCGAGCAUGAGCCAGUCAAAGCCAGUAACUGCAGGGGAGGAGAAGGAGGAGAAGAAGAGGAGAGAGGGGAAGAAGAGGAAGUCAAGGGAGAACAUAUUUCCAAAAAAGAAAAAUGGGAUGAAAAGGAAAAUGGGGUGAAAAAUGGAGAAAAAGCAGCAGAAAAAGAUUCAUUGGUAGAGAGAGAAGGGGCUGGAAAGGAGGUGGGGAGGGAAAUAGGCAAUGGCACAAAGAAUUCCGAAAGUGAGAGCAGACAGACAAUGACCUUGCCGCGAACCCAACUGCAGCUUCGUAACAAGCAUCUCCACUCACAACACCAAAUCCAUGCCAGACACCCAAGGCCCUCAUCUAUGAUAAAUCCUCCUUCCCACUUUAGAGCUGACAAUCUGGCAGCAGGACGUCCAACAGUCCCUUUCUGGAUCUCCCCCACCAGGCCUCCCAGCCUCUACCAUGCUUCCGGCUUUCAUGGGACCCAGCAGCCAGACUGGAACCAGCCACCAGCAGUCUGCUACAGGAAGACCAGAGGAGGGAGGACGAGGGCUAUUUCCAUGAAUCUGGAACUUGAGCUGGGCAGGAAUGAUGACAGAGUCAGAGGAUGUAGAGCGGAGAGGGUGGAGGUGAUCAGAGUCAUUGAAGGAGCACCAGGUCAGCAUGGAUAUGUCGGGGUUCCUCAGGGAUCAAUUGCUGGCCCCAGGUUAAGGCCGCAAGUAGAUACCCUCCCUCGUCUGCCCCACAGGGCUCCCCCUCUCUCCUCUUCUUCAUCUGGAUGGAUCGAUCAAAACUCCCCAGGAUCCUCCUCUGUAGUCAUGAGGAGAUCGGCACUGGACCCACGGGACAAGAUGAGAGCGCGGCGUCGUCAUACAGUGGUAGUUUAACCUGACUGUUUCACCCAUUAAUGCUUUACCAAGUACUUCCCAUUUACUCACCAACACUGGAUCACCUGUGUCACUGUUACUAAAACCGUCCGUCAUGUUACUCAGUGGUCUCAAAACGCUUCCCUCUUGGAUUUCUGCUGGCAGUAAAGUUGGAGAAGGAAUCCCGUGGUUUAGGAAUUCUUUCGACACUGUGAGCAGCUUUGACGUUUCGUUUAUGUAGCUGGUGGUGAACUAAUAGCUAACAGGCUAACCAGCUGGCAACAUGCUAGCAUUAAUCAGUCAGCAUAUUUCUCUGAGCUAAAUCGCUUGUUAUUUCACUGUUCGGUGUACUGUUAACAAGAUACCAGUUUAAAACCAUCUGCGAGACAUUCCCCUUCCGUGAAAUGUUUUGCUCUUGCAGAAUAGGUUGAAUAAAAAUUGCAACAGGUCCAAUCUAUGAAGAUCAUCAGACUCCCACAUAACCGCCCCAAAUAAAACUUGGUUUAGGAUAAUCGAAGAAAAAAAUCACAAAAACAAGGUAUGGAUGGUAAGGUUUGUAUUUUAUCUUCAAAGAUGAUUUGAUUCACACUUUAUUUUUUUUCUAAAAUCAAACUCAAGUUAUGGCAGGAGGUAAUUGAACUAAAAUGAUAAUUAUAUCAUCAACGCUAUUAUCCCUUUAAGUGUUAAAAAUUGUUUGGAUAAAGUUUGUAGAAAAUUAAAUAAAUCCUGGUGAGAAUUGGUGCAGUCAUUGUUUUACAGUGUCAAAGUAAAGGACCUUCAUCUCCUAAACAUAGGGACUUUAACAUAUAUUUCUAAAGCUUUGGGAAUCAGCUCCUUCGAAUGUCAACUUAAUGAACGAUGAUUAUAAAGAUGGUGUAAAAGCUGAGACAAACCAAGACACACAAUACAUUUGAACUUCCAGCUAAAUCUUCACCAGCAAACUACAGAGCACAGUCAUCAGCCAUGUUUUUCAUUUUCAACUGCGCUGUACAUAUGUUGGCGCCCCCUCCACCCUCCCACCUCCCACUAGUUUUCACUAAUGAUGUCUUCGUUGGGCAAAUAUCACAGUGCACUGAUGCAGUUUCAGUUCACUUCUCUGCCUUUUACGAGCUCUUUCCAAGUCCUCCUGUGGAUCUACAGCGAACGUCAGUGAUCAGUGGGAGCAAAAAGCGAACUCACUUUCUGGAUGAUGUGACGUGGGCAUUACGUCGAAGCUUCCAUGGACUAAAACAAUGCAUGCAUGGGGUUAUUGACAUAUCAAAAUAUGCAAAGCCUAAGUGUUCAACACAAGCCUGUUGUUCUUCCCUCUGUGUGUGUGGGUGUAUGCGUGUGUUCGGAGAGCGAUGUCAGAGUUUUGAGGAUACUGACGUCUAUUUCGUCAGAGGAACUAAGUGUUUGAGGCAGCUAUGUCAAGUUAUGCCAAAAUCCUUGUUGUUUCUAUUUGGGUAAUUGUACAGUGUGAGCAGUACGGAGACGUACUGAGGCGAGAAAAGUGUUACUCCAGUUGAUACAUUAUAUCAGUGUUAUAAGGACAGCAUUGUCAUGGGAGCAGAUGAUCGUGAACCAGUAACCUCUUUAAAUCCCAAACCACAGAGUCUUACCUGGGUGAUAUUUUUGCAUUUUUCCUUUUCACAUUUUCAGUGUUCUACUCUUUUCCCAGAACCUCUGUAAAAACAGACGUGUACUUUAUGUACGUGGGUGACUGUGCGUGGACCAAUUUUGUAACAGUUGUACAAAGCCUUGUUAACUUAACCUGUGUAUAUAAAUAUUAUACUUAAUAUAUUAAAUUAUUUGUUUUGGAAA